AUGAACGCCCCACCGGUAUUCCCUCUCAGAACGCCCCACCGGUAUUCCCUCUCAGAACCCCCCACCGGUAUUCCCUCUCAGAACGCCCCACCGAACGCCCCACCGGUAUUCCUCUCAGAACGCCCCCACCGGUAUUCCCUCUCAGAACCCCCCACCGGUAUUCCCUCUCAGAACGCCCCCACCGGUAUUCCCUCUCAGAACGCCCCCACCGGUAUUCCUCUCAGAACCCCCACCGGUAUUCCCUCUCAGAACGCCCCACCGGUAUUCCCUCUCAGAACCCCCACCGGUGUUCCCUCCCAGAACGCCCCCACCGGUAUUCCUCCCAGAACCCCCCACCGGUAUUCCUUCUCAGAACGCCCCACCGGUAUUCCCUCUCAGAACGCCCCCACCGGUAUUCCCUCUCAGAACGCCCCACCGGUAUUCCCUCUCAGAACCCCCACCGGUGUUCCCUCCCAGAACGCCCCACCGGUAUUCCUCCCAGAACCCCCACCGGUAUUCCUUCUCAGAACGCCCCACCGGUAUUCCCUCUCAGAACGCCCCACCGGUAUUCCUCUCAGAACGCCCCCACCGGUAUUCCCUCUCAGAACCCCCACCGGUAUUCCUUCUCAGAACGCCCCCACCGGUAUUCCCUCUCAGAACGCCCCACCGGUAUUCCCUCUCAGAACCCUCCACCGGUAUUCUCUCUCAGAACGCCCCACCGGUAUUCCCUCUCAGAACCCCCCACCGGUAUUCCCUCUCAGAACCCCCACCGGUAUUCCCUCUCAGAACGCCCCCACCGGUAUUCCCUCUCAGAACGCCCCACCGGUAUUCCCUCUCAGAACCCCCACCGGUAUUCCCUCUCAGAACGCCCCACCGGUAUUCCCUCUCAGAACGCCCCCACCGGUAUUCCCUCUCAGAACCCCCCACCGGUAUUCCCUCUCAGAACGCCCCCACCGGUAUUCCUCUCAGAACCCCCCACCGGUAUUCCCUCUCAGAACGCCCCACCGGUAUUCCCUCUCAGAACCCUCCACCGGUAUUCCUCUCAGAACCCCCACCGGUAUUCCCUCUCAGAACGCCCCACCGGUAUUCCCUCUCAGAACCCCCACCGGUGUUCCCUCCCAGAACGCCCCCACCGGUAUUCCCUCCCAGAACCCCCCACCGGUAUUCCUUCUCAGAACGCCCCACCGGUAUUCCCUCUCAGAACGCCCCACCGGUAUUCCCUCUCAGAACGCCCCACCGGUAUUCCCUCUCAGAACGCCCCACCGGUAUUCCCUCUCAGAACCCUCCACCGGUAUUCCCUCUCAGAACGCCCCACCGGUAUCGCCUCUCAGAACCCCCCACCGGUAUUCCCUCUCAGAACGCCCCACCGGUAUUCCCUCUCAGAACGAUGAAGAGGAGGACGACCGUGACAUAGAGGGUGAGUAA